AUGACAAAAAGAGAAUGGUCAACGUACGAACGACAAUAUUGCAUUGACCAUGAUGCUCAAACAUUUACAAAGACGGAGAUCCAUCACAAUACCAAUGCCCGUGGCGAACGGACCACUCCCUGGAAGUCAACCGAAAGAAUCAAGAACGAGUACUAUGCACUACGGCUCGUCAAGAAAAACACCACAAUCCCGGUCCCUCAGCCUUUACUUCUGGAGAAGGGACCCACUGGUUGGUCGGUGACCAUGGAGUACGUCGCCGGCACGCCUCUAGAUGAGCUUCCAGAGAACAUACGCGCAGCAGCAGUUCAAAAUGCCGAUCGAUACAUCAACGACCUCGUCUUGCCACAGCUGGCAAAGCUCAAGUCUCGCCGUAGCGGAGCUCUGACUGGAGACGUGAUACCACCUCGCCGCGUGAUCGAGAGGUACCCCGGGAAGAAAUGGACACCUGUCAUCAGAACGCAAACUCAAUCCUUUGUUUUCUGUCACGGUGACUUGGGCCAACAUAAUAUUCUCUGCGACCCAUCGACCGGCAAUGUGGUCUCUAUAAUCGACUGGGAGUAUGCAGGAUACUACGACCAAUUCUUUGAGGGGCGACUGUGGCUGAAGCCAUUCCACGAAACGGAGCAUGAUGACGACGAGACUGCUCUUCUAGAGCGAUCUCUGACUGACGAACACUAUGAGUGA